AACAGGGUGAUGGUCUGAUCGCUGUCCAGUUGAUUUCAUGGAUAUGGGAAUUGCGCACGGUUGGUUCACUUUGCUUUGACUGAUUCCAAUAAACUUCUUCAGAUCUCGAAGAAUCUCUCUCAGUUGAUGCCAAGGAUCAUGACCAUGAACGGUACCCACAAGUCGGUUGCCCCAGUGCCGCUGGAUUUGCGCACCAAUGUCCGAGUGCGUGGGAACGCCGGGGGGACUCCUUCCUGUGGCUCCAGGGACGCUCGGGUGACAGGCGGUUCACCUGCACCUCCGGCGUUCACAGGGGCGGACAGUUUAGAUGAAAACUGCCCCACGGUCAGAGGCGUAUCGGUCUCACCAACCAGUGCUUCUCGCAAGCGUCCAGCGGAUAGAUCUGCCUCACAGCUUCCUUUUAGGAAACGCCCGAUUCCUGUCGAACCGGAGACCAAGAGACUGUCACCGUCUAAGGCAGAAAGAGAAGAUCGAUUUUCUCCUCCGGAAGAUAAGACUUUAGCCGAUCCCGUGGAAAGAGUCGGCAUAGCACCAGUGACUCCCAGGCAGCUGGAAGGACAGAUUCCAAAUGGAUACCCCAUAUGCUUUUUCCCUUACGGUCAUUACCCAGUGUUCUGCCUGCCUCAUCUCUCAGAGCCAAAUAAUGUUGUGGCCCACCAAACUGAAAACGUCCUGGCUGGUAUUGCUCAAGCAACAAGACAAGAUGAAGAUGGAGAUACAGCUCUCCAUAUAGCCGUGGUCCAGGGAGAAUUGGCCAUAGUCUACAAACUCAUCCAGCUCUUGGUGUUGGCUCAUAAAGACGUUGAUAUCUACAACAAUCUCCGUCAGACUCCCCUUCAUUUGGCAGUGAUAACUAAGCAGGCAAACAUGGUGGAAGCUUUGUUGAAAGCAGGGGCCGACCCUGCAGCCUUGGACCGUAAUGGGCAAACAGCGCUCCACCUCUGCUGUGAAUAUGACCAGCGGGAUUGCCUGUCUGUAGUGCUUUCUAUGCCAUCAUCCGCCACCUGCCUUGAGAUCCGAAAUUUUGAGGGUUUGAGCCCUCUCCAUCUGGCUGUUCUGCAGGGCCAUAAGGAUUUGGCAAGAAUGUUACUGGAUGCUGGAGCUGACAUCAAUGCUAUGGACAUCAAAAGUGGCCAGAGUCCUCUCAUGCAUGCUGUGGAGAGCAAUAACGCAGACAUGGUCCACUUCCUCAUUGAGAAUAGAUGUGAUGUCAACAGCCAGUCAUAUAGUGGGAACACGGCUCUACACAGCGCUUGUGGCCGAGGUCAGGUGGAGACAGUGCGGCUGCUGCUGAAGAGUGGAGCUGACAGUAGCCUCAAGAACUACCACAAUGACACCCCAGUGAUGGUGGCCAAGAACAAAAAAAUAGCAGAUGUGUUACGAGGAAGAGGCUCCAGGCAAAUAAGAGUCCAAGAUCAGCACUGCAUGUCAGUCUCACCAGUUGAGAGCAACCUAACAGAAAACGGGUCCCCAUCUCCCAGCCAUAGUCGUGGGUGCUCACCUUCAACUACGCCACACAUUGUUCAUCAGAAUGCUUCCCACUCUCCAGAGACUUCCAUUUUACGAUCUCAGACUUAUUGUCCAGUAAGACUUGCGUCUAUGUCCACACAGUCGAGCAUCAAGGAAGCAAUCAGACGACAUCAUGCUGGAGAGGGCUUCACCCAAUGGGAUGGCGGGGCAGGAAUGGACUGCACUUGAAAUUAGGCCAAACCUCCCAUUUUUCUUCCUUGGACAAUCAUAGUUUGUGUCCUUUCUCAGGCUUUCAUGCCUUGACAGACUUGCCUGCAGCCUCCCUGCUUAGCUUGCUGCUUCUAAGGAGACUCCGGUCCUGUACUGACUCUUUGAAAACUGGGGAGUGAAACACUGCUGGAAAACUAUGCAUCAGUAGAAAUAUUCCACUGCAUGCAUUCAAGACUGAACAUAAAAAACAUUUUUUAAAACUAUGUACAGACAUGAGUAAAUGACUGCUACGGACCAAAGCUCACUGAACUCAGAGUCCCAUCUUAAAAGUAUUUCUAGGCACUUUGUCUUAAUUUCUGAUUAGCAGAUUAGAGGGGAUGAUGCUAUGCAACAAAUGUACCUGGCCUUACUUGAACUGUGGAUAUUGCAUUAAGAGUGUCUUCAUCAUUAUGCCACCAAGACUUCUUAAGUUUGCAGUCUCCUUGUAAGACUUAGCAUAUAUUGCUCAGUCAAAUACCUGGUUUCCUUUCUUUUGAUAAUCUGUGCACAGGCAUUGUACCUCUUAUGUCUGUUAGUGUGUGUGU